AUGGCGACCGAGCAAUCCACACAUGCUGGCUCCCCGGCAUGUCUUGGAAUCAUGGAGGACAUCAACUCCUCCGUAAAGGCGACACCUGGCGAGAACUUGGAGGGAGUGGCACAGUCCUCCUCAGCGAGCGUGGCAUCCAAUAACAGCUGCGAGAUGACACCGUGUCCUUCCGAAAGCCAGAGUGAGCAGACACCCGAUGAGAGCUGUGGCACAACAGCACCGUCCUCUCCAGCAGGAGAAACUGAGGAGGCACUAGGUGAAGACUUCCGGGCCCGUCUCAGCAAAGUGUCACUGCAAGACAACGAACUAGAUCCUCGUCCCUCCCAGUCAACCGGUCUCCCAAAGGUCGAUAAGCCCCAGGCCGGGACAAAUCGCCUCCCAUUUGGCAUCAUGAUCGAGAUGUUGAGUCCUCCCCACAUCGUGACCAUCGGCCGUGCGAUUCGAACAACGGCCGUUGAGUUGCUUUUGGAACAGGAUUACUUCAGAUCCCUUUCUCGGGAACAUCUCUGGAUGAGUGUCGGACUGCGUGACUUGAAUACCGGAGCAGUUGUCGACGAGUCUUUGAAGGGCCACAAGUUCUUCCCGGGUAACCCUCCUGUCGCAGGACUCAGUGAAAACGGGAUACGCGUCCUAAAGUUUGUAUUCAACGCUCAUUCGAUGCGGGUGAAGCAAUAUGGCAGCUAUCGCUUAUUCUAUAGCGUUAACUUCCGCGAUCCCCGGGGCUGCAAUGGGUCCAUGACUCUACAAAGCUCGGGCUUUGUCAUCAAGGAUUGCCCAGAUUUCACAUGCGAGCAGAUGGAGUUCAUUGACGAGCAAGAGCGGCAAGGCCACCUGAGACUUCGCCAAGAUGGAGGUAUCGACGUCCUCGUCGCUCGUUCGGGCUAG